AUGCCGUCGCCUGUUAUCUUGCUCCCAGGUGAUCAUGUGCCGUCAGAUCAACUGCCCUCAAACAAAUCUGCUCCGCUGAGACUAGGACCUGGCCUUCGACUGCUUUCUCCAGCAAUUCCCUCUCCGUCAUCUGGUCAUGUUAUUGCUUCUACACAGGCCGGUCUCCUCUCUACGGAUCACAAGAAAAAUGCUGUUUCCGUCUUGUCAUUUCCUAAUCGCCGCUACAUCCCAACGCCGAACGAUUUGGUGAUCGCACAAGUUCACCAUUCCAGUGCGGAAUACUUCUACUGCAUGAUUACGCCUCAAUCACCUCACGCGCUGCUCGGCCAGCUUGCUUUCGAGGGUGCGACAAAGAAGACGAGGCCAAUGUUAAGGCAAGGCGAUUUGGUCUAUGCUCGAGUUCUAUCCAUCGGUCUCGGUGCUGGUGCAGAAGUUGAGCUUACCUGCGUAAACCCAGCAACCGGCAAGGCUGAACCUGGAGGAUUGGGCCCAUUGAACGGAGGAAUGGUGUUUGACGUCUCUACUGGCAUGGCUGCGAGAUUAAUGAGAGCUAGCUCGUCGACCUCCGAGCAAGAGGAUGGUGUGGAUGGACUAGUGGUCUUGGAGGAACUUGGGAAGAAGUUGGAAAAAGUCGGAGGCUUCGAGAUCGCCGUGGGAAGAAACGGAAAGGUCUGGGUUGACUGCUCAAAUGGAGGCGAUGCUGCUGUUAAAGCGACAGUGGCAAUAGGACGCUGUCUCACCACGAUUGACGAGCAUGAUCUGAAUCAAACGGAUCAGAGGAAACUUGUGACGCGGAUUCUACGAGAAAUGAAGGUUGAGUCUUGA